AUGGAUGAAGACUCUAAAGGGAAAUGGAAGGUUGUAGUAGAGGAUUCCCCUACUCUCUCCACUGAGGUGUACCUAGUGGACUUCGUGAUCCUCUGCAUCGGAAGAUUCAGUGAAGUUCCAAACGUUCCAGAAUUCCCUCCAAACCAAGGCCCAGAAGUAUUCCAUGGCAAGGUGAUACACUCCAUGGACUACUCUGCCAUGGAUUGUCAAACUGCUGCAGAAUUGGUCAAAGGGAAGCAAGUCACUGUUGUGGGGUUACAAAAAUCUGCCUUGGACAUUGCCAUGGAAUGCUCAAUAGCUAAUGGAACUGAACAUCCAUGUACUGUAUUAUACAGGACUGAACAUUGGACUGUCCCUGAUUACCUUCCAUGGGGUGUGCCUCUUGCUUAUUUUUACCUUAAUCGCUUCUCAGAGCUAUUGGUUCAUAAGCCUGGUGAAGGCUUCCUAUUAAGUCUUGUGGCAACAAUUCUUUCUCCUUUGAGAUGGGCAUUUUCUAAAUUCGUUGAAAGCCAUAUAAAGAAGAAGCUUGGGUUGGCAAAGCAUGGAAUGGUACCAAAACACAGCUUCCUUCAAGAAAUCAGUUCUUGUUUGCUCUCCACAGUGCCAGAAAAAUUCUAUGACAAAGUUGAAGAGAGAAGCAUUAUUUUGAAAAAAGCUUCGAGUUUCAGCUUCUGCAAAGAAGGUGUUUUGGUUAAUGGCGAGGUGCAACCUCUGAAGACUGAUUUGGUCAUCUUGGCUACUGGGUUCAGGGGUGAUCAAAAGCUCAAAGAAAUUUUUGUGUCCACCACCUUUCAGGACUAUAUUGCCGGCUCUGCCAAUGCAACAGUUCCCCUCUACAGGGAGUGCAUUCAUGCAAGAAUUCCACAACUAGCAGUGAUUGGAUUCUCGGAAAGUGUAUCAAACUUGUACACAUCAGAGAUGAGAUGCCGGUGGCUAGCGGAGCUUCUUGACGGCACAUUCAAGCUGCCGUGCAUUAAAGAGAUGGAAAAAGAUGUGGUGAAUUGGGAUAAAUACAUGAAGACAUACUCCGGCCAAUACUACAGGAGAUCCUGCAUUGGUGCUCUUCAUAUAUGGUACAACGAUCAACUCUGCAAAGACAUGGGAUGGAACCCCAAAAGAAAGAAGGGAUUCAUCGCUGAAUUGUUUGAGCCUUAUGGUCCAAUGGACUACACCGCAACCUCUUAAGUCGGUGUGAAAUGUUUGAAAUUAUAUUUUUAUUUCAUAAUUAUUUUAUAAUGUUGAUAUAACAGUUCCAACCAACUUUUAUAUCAAUAAAUGUUUUAAAAAAUAAUAAAUAAAUUGAACGGUUAGUUAGGACUACCACAUCAGCAUUGUGUGAUAAUUGUGGGAUAAAAAUGUAGUUUCUAGCAUUACAUUAAAGUCAACCCUAGAACGGGUUCUAAACCAUGAGUUGUCAAUCAUCUUUGACACACUUCGUGCAUGCGUUUGGGGUUAAAAUAAUGCUACACUUAUUCCCAUUUUUUUACACAAUUUUUCUACACCCGUAGGUGACUUUUAAAACUACUAUUAGA